CAUUGUAGACCCCGCUACUGUGAAUACCGGCCUAUGAAUACGGGCCUAUGUAGACAAGCCUUUAACGGAGCUGCAUAGCAUGACGGAUAGACGUAGGCGCGGCGAGACGAGGAAACGCGGCGCGGAAGGAAGAGAGUGGUUGUGGGCUUUUGCGUGUGUUCUCCUCGUUUCGCGUAUAUUCCCGCAACACGGGGAAAUAGCGCAGACAUACGCGAGCGAGGGGUGUACCUCGCAACCUUGCGCUAAAUUCGAACGCGGAAGAAGAGGAAGAAGAAGCGCUUAACAAGAGCCUCUACCCGUGUCACCUGCGUGUCAGAUCCCGCCGGUUGCCGCGAAAUUCCGAACGAAUACGCCUAUACAUCUAGAGGAAGAGUCUCGUGUCUCCCUCGCGACUCGCAAUUGACAGUAUUUAGGGCCUCUCGCCAGAUAUGGUUCCAGCGGAUUAACACGUUCCGUGAUUACGCAGAUGGUCACACGGUGACGUCGAGCGAAUAAGUUGCCCGUGAUUAUUUCUGUUGUAUUUAUAGAGCGUACUCGGGUAUUUAUUUGUUUCCUCGUUCGAGUCCGAAGAAAUUAUGUACGUCCACGUUGGCUGACAUGUCCUAACCUGUGUCAUUGCGUAUCGAUUUUCCUGAUUAAAUUCGUUACAAUUGGAACACAAGUUGUAAGGAAAAAGCAACUCAGAAUGGAAUCAACUAUAGCUGGUCGAAGGAGGACUGCCACAAGGCAUUCUGCGGAGGAUCAAGCAUUGGAUCAAAUAGCUAAGGAGGCAGAAGCAAGACUUGCUGCUAGGAGACAGGCAAGAGCAGAAGCCAGAGAAAUCCGAAUGCGUGAAUUAGAGAGACAGCAAAAGGAAGCGGAGGAGAAUGCUGACAGGGUUUACGACAUGUGUGCAGCUGAUGUGAAUAGAACCAUGAGAAUAACUCCAGAUCCAGUACGUACAUCACGACUUCUUACAAAUUCCAAUAAUUUUCAAUCAAGUCGUAGAUCUUCAGAAGAUUCAUUAGAAGAUGCAGGAUUAAGUAGAGAUAUUAGGCUGGAAUUAAAAGAAUUUGAAGAAAAAUUCAGGAAGGCAAUGAUAGCUAAUGCUCAAUUAGACAACGAAAAAUCAUCUUAUGUCUAUCAAGUUGAUUUAUUAAAAGACAAAUUAGAAGAAUUAGAAGAAACAACUGUACAAUUACGUAGAGAAUAGGAAAAGAAUCGAGAUGCGGAGCAAUUAAAACGAGUCAAUCAGAAAAUAAAAGACGAUUUAAAUAUUUGUCGGGCACAAUUAUUAGAAAGAGAUACACUUAUACAAGAAAAUGGCUUAAUUAUUGUUGACAAUGAAGAAAGUGAAGAUGAAGAUAAUGAAAAUAUGGAAAAUAGAUCAUAUUGUAAAAAAAGGGUACUAGUCAGUACAGAAGCUGCAGAAUUAUUGGAAACAGCUGGCAGAGGUUCCCUAGAUGUUCGAUUAAGGAAAUUUGCUUGAAAAAAGGAAUUGCAAGAUGAAAUUCGACAUUUAAGAUUGGAAUUGGAAGACACUAGAAAUCGCGUGAGAUCCGAAAGAUCAUCUGGCUCAGUAUUAGCAGGUUGCUUAUCAGAAAACGAUGAUAUUCAGCGUGAAGCAAACAAAUUGUUAGCAGAUUAUAAAUUUAAAUUACAAAAAGCAGAGCAAGAUAUGUCCACACUACAAGCAACAGUAGCUAGAUUGGAAAGUCAAGUAAUUCGUUACAAAUCAGCUGCAGAAGCAUCUGAAACAGAAGAUGAAUUGAAAGUGGAGAAAAGAAAGUUGCAAAGAGAAGUAAGAGAAACGCAAGCUCGUGUAGAAGAAUUGGAGACUGCAAACACACAUCUUCAACGAUUAGACAAACUUAAAAAUGCAAAAUCGGCCCUUUUGAAGGAGCUUUGACAGAGUGAUGUUUGCAGAGAUGUACAAUGAAUGUCGUUUUACUUAUAUCUUGAUUACAUGUGCCGUUGUUGCCUCGAUAUUAAUACUACUUAACAUUUUGAAUUGUAGUUUACAAAGGCAAAGAUUGUGUAUUAUCGUUAACAUUUCACAUUUGCAAUGAACGUCAUUCGGACAUAGAAAAUUGCUACGAGAAAAAGAUUCUUUUUACAGUCAAAUUUUUGAUACCAACUUUAUUACUCUCGCAUUAUAGGAAUAGUCUUGCUUUAGUGAAAUAACAAGAGGACUUUUUAAUGCAAUUUAUAUGUUAAAUUUUUCUAUAAAUUUACAAGGAGUUAUGAAGCUAAUUCACAACUUUUAUAUAAAUGAUAAAUAAUAUAAAUAGUGUAUUUGUUCCUGUUUUGUUGCAAUAAAUUUAUGAAAAUUA